AAUUUGAACCUUAGUGUGCUUAUGUCCUGGCAAAUGAUAGGUGGGGGAAAUGUCUGCACCAAGAUUCCAAAAAAUAAACUUUGGAACAUAUGAUGAUUACAUUCCAGUCAGCGAAUUAAGCAAAAAAUCAUGGAACCAACAACACUUUGCCCUGGUAUUUCCCAAACCACCACGGCCAGGAAAAAAAAGGAGAUCAAAACCUUCCCAACUACAAGCCAAUGCAGAAGCUUCUAUAUAUCAUGAAGACAGUUUAAAGGAAGGUUCUAGACGACCAUUAUGGAUGCACCGUUCUUUGAUGAAAAUUUCUGAGAAACCCUCUGUUUAUUUAGCUGCCAGGAGGCAGCCUCCAGGUAAACGAAUUCAUCGCUCCAAGGAGAGUGCCAGAGCAGCAGGUGGAGAGAAACCUUUACCUUCACCAAUAAGUAAAAAAAAAGAAGACAAGAAAGUAGACACAGACAAAUCAGACUCAGAAGCAGAAUCCAAAGUUUCACAGGAGCCAAAAAUAAUUAGGAAAGAUUCAAAGAAAGACAAGGUUAUAGAAAAAGAACCUAAAGAAAAAGAAGGUGAUGCAAAAACAGGUGCCAUGAAAGCUCCAAAGAAGGGCGCAGAAUCAACUACAGACACAGAAGGUGAAAAGGUGGCAGCAAAGAGAGAAUCCAAAAAAGAUCGGAAAGCUUCAAAGGCGGGCGUGGAAUCAACGACAGACUCAGAAGGUGAAAAGGUGGUUGCAAAGAGAGAAUCCAAAAAAGAUCGGAAAGCUUCAAAGGCAGAUGCGGACUCAGCUAUAGCCUUGGAAGGCGAAAAGGUGGCUGCAAAGAAAGAGGCCAAUAAAGAUCGGAAAGCUUCAAAGGCGGGUGUGGAAUCAACGACAGGGUCAGAAGGUGAAAAGGUGGCUGCAAAGAAAGACUCCAAAAAAGAUCGGAAAGCUUCAAAGGCGGGUGCGGAAUCAGCUAUAGCCUUAGAAGGCGAAAAGGUGGCAGCAAUGAGAGAAUCCAAAAAAGAUCGGAAAGCUUCAAAGGUGGGUACGGAAUCAACUUCAGGGUCGGAAGGUGAAAAGGUGGCUGCAAAGAAAGACUCCAAAAAAGAUCGGAAAGCUUCAAAGGCGGGUGCGGAAUCAGCUAUAGCCUUAGAAGGCGAAAAGGUGGCCGCAAUGAGAGAAUCCAAAAAAGAUCGGAAAGCUUCAAAGGCGGGUGCGGAAUCAGCUAUAGCCUUAGAAGGCGACAAGGUGGCUGCAAAGAGAGAAUCCAAAAGAGAUCGGAAAGCUUCAAAGGCGGGCGCGGGAUCAACUUCAGGGUCAGAAAGUGAAAAGGUGGCAGCAAAGAGAGAAUCCAAAAAAGAUCGGAAAGCUUCAAAGGCGGGUACGGAAUCAGCUAUAGCUUUAGAAGGCGACAAGGUGGCUCCAAAGAGAGAAUCCAAAAGAGAUCGGAAAGCUUCAAAGGCGGGCGCGGGAUCAACUUCAGGGUCAGAAAGUGAAAAGGUGGCAGCAAAGAGAGAAUCCAAAAAAGAUCGGAAAGCUUCAAAGGCGGGUGCGGAAUCAGCUAUAGCCUUAGAAGGCGACAAGGUGGCUGCAAAGAGAGAAUCCAAAAGAGAUCGGAAAGCUUCAAAGGCGGGCGCGGUAUCAACUUCAGGGUCAGAAAGUGAAAAGGUGGCAGCAAAGAGAGAAUCCAAAAAAGAACGGAAAGCUUCAAAGGCGGGCGCAGGAUCAACUUCAGGGUCAGAACGUGAAAAGGUGGCAGCAAAGAGAGAAUCCAAAAAAGAACGGAAAGCUUCAAAAGCAGGCGCGGGGUCAGCCAUAGCCUUAGAAGGUGAAAAAACAGCUGCAAAGAAAGACUCCAAAAAAGAUCGGAAAGCUUCAAAGGCGGGUGCAGAAAAAGCAUCGGAUGAUGAAAAGAAAGAUGCCAAAAAGGGUAGGAAACUGAGUGCAAGAAGUGAUGACUCAAAGGGCAAGAAAGAGACCAAGAAGAGCAAGUAGACCUUGGCUAGUAACUCCAGUGCUUAUUUGAUGAAACAAUCAUAGUAAGCUGAAACUGCACGGGAAAAUGGUGGGUGGGGGGGUGUUCAAGGAGAUAAUCACAUUAAAUUUUUUAAGGGGCAAAGCAUACAGUCUCAGGAAAGCAUAAAAUAUAUGAAAGAUAUUAAGAUUCAUGAAGGACUUGGAGAAAACAUGUUAAAUUUGGAGAUAUGAAGGAUUCAAAGAGGAGAUAGAGCCCUAGAAAGACUCAAAGCAGAACAUUCAAAUAAGAGGAUAGAAAUAAUGGGGUUGAAUUUGUACAUACAAAAACAAAAAAGUCUGAUGAAGUUUUCAAAAAAAAUCUAAGAAGACAGAUAUUGAAUCUAUACAAGCAAUGUACACCCACCCAGUAAGUAAAGAACCAUAGUAGUCAGAAGAGGAAGUCAAAACAAAUUUCAGAAAGUAUACUUUCAAGUAAGUACAAAUUAAAGGUAGCAUUCUGCAAAGAAAAUAGAAGAAAGAAAAUACGAUUAUUUCCUUGUGAUCCUAUACCACCAUCUCUGGAGUAUAAAUGGCCACUGCCAGAUUGGUGGAUGUUGAAUGUUCCACUUCUAAGCAAAGAUAAAUAUACUUGUAUCAAGGCCAAAAUGGGAAGUGAAACAGGAUGAGAGAUCAAGUCAAAGCAUUCUUUACUACAGUAGGACAUGGAAGCAACUUAAAUGUCUAAAGAUGGAUGAUCUGGAUCAAGACGAGGACUACCAUGAAGAUUAUUGAAAAUUCUACCACUUUGGAAGAGUGAAAUAUCCCAUUCAGCUGGUGAUCUUCCUGUCAUGGAAGUUGUUAGCCAGUUCUCAUUUUGAAUGAAAAUUAAACACAUGGUUCUGUCUGGUGAUCUACCUGUUAACAAAUGUGGGAUACUGAAGUCCCAACAUGGCUUGGUGUUUCAAUAGUUAUUCUUAGAAAGUCCACCAAGAACUGGAGAGCAUGAAGUAACAUAGGACAAUAAUGCUUAUACCUACAAUAGCAAGUACACUGUAUCAGCUAUUUGUAGAAUUAAUAACAAAUUUUAAGGACAAGAAGGCUUGUCAAACUACUAGGACAGCUACAUGUAGAAGAAUAUUCUACUAUGAAGACAUUGUAGGAGCUUUUUCUUUUGGAGGACAACCACAACUGCUAAAGAGGAAACUUAGACUCCAAACUGGAAACAGACUUCUCUGAUGUAACUCAGCAGAAUAAUAUAUAUAGAAGAACCUUCCAACUUAUGAUUCAAGAUCACAACUAAAGCUCCAGCUAACAUACCUAAACUCUAAUCAGAGGAUAAAAGGAAGGGGAAGAGAGAAGAGCAAUGCUAUUUUUAUUUAUGAAACUUCCCACAAGCUACAUACACUUCCAGCUUUCAAUGAUCACAACAAAGAAAUCUGAGAAGUAAAUCUUACCUGGAAGUAUUACAGAAAUGUGAAAUGUUUCCGAUAGAAAAAAGUACUGUUUGGUCUUAACAAAAAGAUAUCCACAUUCUACUCAACAUAUAAAAAGGCCUCUCUGAGAAGCUAUUUUGCUGCUGAACAGACAUGAGUAUGGCAUCCUACCUUCAAGUACAACCAAGAAAGGGAUUCAGAGAGAGAAAGCAACCGAUUGAUUGUCUGGAACCUAUUAAGAUUCCACAGUGUCACAACAAUGAGGAGUCAGAUGAACUUCCAGUCUUUUCUGCUAUCAAGUCCAUGCUAAGUAAAAACAA